AUGGAGAAUUCAACUGUGAGAUCUCGAAGCGGACAGGGGUCCAAGACCGACGCCACGGUGGAGGAAGCUCCCACCCCACCUCAGCCCGAGCAUACCCUUGAGGAGUAUGAGCGGCUAUUCGGCGUCGAUGAGGAUGCGUAUGAGCAGCCUACCACAACCCGCAAAGAACUCUGGUCCUACUACCUCUACUACAAUGGCGACAAUGGCGUUGGUCCCGGUUCUUACAGUCAAGCCCUCUUUCAGUGGGCAUUGAACGGUGCUGGCUAUCAGCCCGACACAAAUCCACCACAGCCCUGCACCAACUCUUCUGCAUGUGUCGUACCCUGGGCAGGCGGCACGCGAUCUAUCUCAUCGGUGGUGUUGAUCGCCAAUGGCCUCUGUUUCGCAUUCAUGACAGCCAUCUUCGUAUGGCUAGGCAGUGCUGCUGACUACGGCUCGUUCGGUCGGUGGCUACUUUUGGCCUUGACCGUGGUUUGCUGGGCGCUCCAGUACGGUAUGAUCGCCAUCCGGGAUCCAACCCAAUGGCCAUUAGCGAUGGGGCUGUACGUCGUAGCGUACAUAUGCUAUGGUAGCACACUCGUAUUCUAUGCUGCAGUCUUUCCCCGGUUGGCAAGGUAUAUGCCUCAUGUGCGAAAGGCGCGAGAGGAAGAUCUGAGGGAGGGCAAGAUUGACCAACAGGAGUAUGAUGAGGUUGAGUCGCUGGAGCGGAACCAUAUCAGUAAUAUUUCGACUGCGCAUAGCAAUAUUGGAUAUUUGCUGACGUUGGUGCUUAACCUGAGCGUCCUUCUGCCAAUGCAAAGUAACCAAUUUUCGAACAACUUGGCCCUGUGUCUGACUAAUUCAUACUGGGUAAUUCUGGGCAUUUGGUGGUUCAUAUUCCAACAAAAGCGUCCUGGCCCCAAAAUCCCCAAAGGCUCCAGCUAUGCAACCAUCGGAUUCAAGCAGAUCUGGUUGGCUCUUCGUGAGAUUCGGUCCCUUCCACAGACAUACAUCUAUUUCUUGGCAUAUUUCCUACUUGCAGACGGAUUGAAUACAACUGGAACUCUCGUUAGCAUUAUUCAGAAUGAUCAGGUAUCAUUCUCAUUCCUUCAACUUACAUACCUUGGAAUCACUCAGGCUGCUUGCUCGAUUUCCUCGACCUUUGGCUUCUGGUAUAUCCAGAAAUACUUCAAAUUCAAGACCAAAUCCAUGUUCCUGUUCACCAAUUUCUUCACUGUCUUCAUCCCUUUUUGGGGUAUGCUCGGACUUUGGACGAACCGGAUCGGAUAUCAUCAUACCUGGGAGUUCUAUUUCUACAACGUCGUAUUUGGACUUUUCCAGGCACCAUACUAUGCGUACGCCCAAACAAUGAUAAGCGAGUUGAUGCCCCGCGGAUACGACAAUAUGUUCUUCGCACUCUUUGGAAUCACCAACCGCGCGUCCUCCAUCAUCGGACCAAACGUUAUCCAGGCCAUUAUCAACAACACGCGCAACAAUUGGAUGGGCUUCCCAUUCCUCUUUGCCAUAUGUGCCGCGGCAAUGAUUGCCAUUUGCUUCGUGGAUGUGGAAAAGGGCCGUGAGGAUGGCAGAAGAUACACCGAGAGGCGUAGGGUGGAUCGUGUUGCGGCAGAGGCGGGUGUCAGUGCCGAUGCAAUUGUCAAGGGUAAGGGUGUGAUGAGUGGUGGAGAGACAGAUGAAGCGAAUGGUAAUCUCAACGGGAAUGGGCAUGCCUCGACGGAGCGUGUAGAGAGCGGGGAGCCGGCUUGA